AUGGCGAGUGGUACCAAUAGCAACUCGUCUAACGAUACGAGUACAACAAAUUAUACGGUCACUAUAGAUAAAACUGUAGAACUCGUAAUACGAUUGGUACCCGAAUUUAGUGGGGGUACAGACGAAAAAUUAAUAUUUUUCAUAAACGCAUGUGAGUUAGUUGUAGAUAUAACUCCAGUGGCCAAUCAGGACAUAAUGUUAAGGACAAUCCUAAAUCGAAUAAAGGGCUUAGCUUACGAGGUAAUAAAAUACGAAAAGAUAACUAGCUGGGAUAUGUUAAAAACGUUAUUGAAAACGACAUAUGAUAGACCCACAAAUGCAGCGUAUCUGCAGACAGAAUUGUUUAGCGCAAAGCAGCGAUAUAAAGAAACAUUGAUAGAAUACGUUAAUAGAAUACGUGAUUUGGUGCAGGCCGUAUCAGAAGGUAGCACACAAGGUAAAAGUGCAAGCGACGCAUUAGCUGUACAGAAUAAUAUAAGGGAACGGGCCUUGUUAGUAUUUUUGGAGGGAAUAUCCGAUAGAAUUAAAUUAAUGGUGAAAAAGAACAAUGCGACUUACGUGCGGCGUGUGUUUCAGGCGAUUAGCAUAAUGUCGAGCGGAAGCAGUGGCGGCGGGAAGCCGGCUUCUGUCGGCGGCGAGGGCGUAAAGCCGGGCGUGGGAUCGGCGUUCGUGCCGGUCAUGCCGUCCAGCGGAUCGUUUUACGGGCACCCGUCGAUUGCGUCGCUGCAACAGCCGUCGCCGUCGUCGGCUGACUUUUACGCCGCGUCCAUGAUGGCCGACAAGCACAAGGCCCUCCACCAGCACCACCACCUGUCUACGCUUCAGCAGCAGCAACAGCAACAGCCGUCGCCGGGCAUGUACGUGCCCAAACACAAAUCACAGCAACAGCAGCAGCAACAGUUGUCGUCGGCCAACGCCGCUGCGGCUGCGGCGGCCGUUUCGCUGAUCCACCAGCAACAGCAGAUGGCUAUGGCACUGGACAAGAACAAGGUGUUACAGGCGGCCAUGCAUCAGCGAGGCUAUGCUCACCCGUUCCUGCUCAACCCCGGCGGCCAGUACGGCAGUCAGCCUCUGUUCGGUGGCCCAGCCGCGGGUACCGGCCCUGGCGCGUUCGGCUCAGUGGCCGCCCGACCGCGUGCCACUGUGGGCGCUGGCACGGUUGGCAUGGCCCGGGCGUCGCGACCAAAAAAACAGUUCAUAUGCCGGUUCUGCAACCGGCAGUUCACCAAGAGCUACAACCUGUUGAUACACGAGCGGACGCACACUGACGAGAGGCCGUACUCGUGUGACAUUUGCAAAAAAGCGUUCCGGAGACAGGACCAUUUGCGCGAGACAUUUGCAAAAAAGCGUUCCGGAGACAGGACCCAUUUGCGCGAUCACAAGUACAUCCAUUCCAAGGAGAAACCGUUCAAAUGCACAGAAUGUGGCAAGGGGUUCUGUCAGUCGCGUACGCUGGCCGUGCACAAGAUACUGCACCUGGAAGAGUCACCGCACAAGUGUCCGGUGUGCAAGCGCAGCUUCAACCAGCGCAGCAAUCUCAAGACGCAUCUACUCACUCACACCGACCACAAGCCGUACGAGUGUUACUCGUGCAACAAGGUGUUUCGACGGAAUUGCGACCUCCGCCGGCACACGCUCACGCACGCGGUCGGCGACGCGCCGGCCGCCGGUACGUUGGGCGCCGGAGGGGCCGCGUCCUCGACGUCCGCGUCACCCGCGGGCGCGGUUCCACCCCGAUCGGCUGCAGAUGAUGAAGACUAUUGCGACGAAGACGACGACGAGGAUGAGGACGAAUUGUGCUCGAUGCUGCAAACUCCGUCCGGUCGGAGCCGCCGCCGUGGCCGCGGCGGUGAAGACGACGAAGACUGUGGCGAUGAUGUGGACGACGACGAAGACGUGGACGUGGACGAAGAGGACGCAGUUGCAGCCGCAUCCGGAGCCGCGCCAGAAACGUCGGCGCCAGUCGCUACCGUCGCCGCUUCCACCUCCGCCUGUUCGUCAAGUGUCGCCGAAGCCGCCGCCGUCACAAAACAGGAACCGGCGUCGUCUUCGUCGUCCGUGGACACGGGUUCUGCGACCGCGGCCGUGGCUGCCGCUGACGAGGAGGAAGAAGAGGAGGAAGACGUCGGUAAGAUUUCGUUAUUCCGGCGGGCGGCCGCACCCAGAGCCGGUGUGCACGAAACAAAGUGUCACGACGAGUCGUCCGCGUACACUAUGCGUCCGUCGUCCAGCUAUCAUCAUCACCACAAUCGUUACCAACAACAACAUCAACCGCACAAUCACCACCAACCACAGCCACUGCAUCUAUUCCUACAGUCGCCGCUCCUUCACCAUCAGCAAGUCCAGCAGCAGCAGCAACAGCACCACCACCACCACCAAGCUAUGUUGAACGUCAGGAGAGACUUGCACGACCGGUCGACGGGAAUGGUGAUGCCGGUACCGUCACCUCAAGCGCUGCCUUCGCCGCAGCCGCCCGCGUACCAGUCGCUUCAGUUUCAACCGGCGACCGCCGCGCCUGCCGUCGCCGUGCCGCCGCCAACGCCGCAGAUACCGCCACCCAAUCAGAACAACGGACAGCCUGCCGCGCCCAAGCGCAAAGGGUUCAGCAUCGACGAACUGAUGAGUUAACGCGUUGCACGUGGACCGGGGAUCGCGAUCUUGCGGCCGAUACGCCAGUCGCGGCCGUCGGCCCAAUUCGCCAGUUUCGCUCGAUCGAGAAUCUGACGAAAUUCAAUGUACAUAAUAAUUAAGAUUACGUUAUUAUACAUAGCUGAUGUCGAGUGUUCGCAUUGUUUACGUCACGUGAAUCAUUCGCAGUACCAGUGAAAGCAUUUAAAACAAACGUCCGACGCUCGGGACCGAAUCUCGAAGGCUCGUGACAGUUUUAUACAAGAUUUAAUAUUUAAAUCUUAAAACGAUAUCGCCGUCCAGGUUUUAUUUAUUAUAUUAUAUUAUAUUAGUUAUUCAAAUAUAAAUUAUGAGUACAUAGAGUGUGUAAUAUGUAUUCUUUUACCAUAUACUAUGUUACGAGCAAAGUAAGUUUUAUUUUUAGUUAAGUACGUGCAAGACGAAAGUAUUUUAAAUAAAAUUGUUAACAAAUUGUAGAUAGCAUAUAUAUUAUUAUUUUGUUUUAGUGAUCUCAAUACACUUUAUUAUUUUGACAAACAACUCUCUCCCAUUCUAUACAUUAGUUUUAGGUUCAAACGGGCAAAUUUCUAUCGUUUUAGUAUUUUAAUCGAAUAGCGUGUAUACCUAUAUAAUAAUCAUAUAAUAUUAUAUUGUACGCAUUUGUAUAUUUUAUUAUUUGUAUAUGUAUUACCUUUAGAUAUAGGUACUUUUGUAAACACCUUUCAUUAUAUAGACUGUUAAAGUUUAAGAUUAUUUUUGCAUAUUAUUAUGGUUAAAAUAUUUAAUAUAUUAUUAUGUUUUUAUAUUGAUAGAAAGAAUGUAACGUUUUUAUUAUUUAUAUUAUAAAGAGUUCCAAACGGUUCCGCCGCGUUCGAAUUUAACGGAAUCUGUUUUGAUUGUUUUGCAAUAAAUAGAUUUUAAAAUAUUA